AUGGAAAAUUCGAGAAACAGGCAUAAUGAGAAUAUGGGUGUAAACAAUAUUGGGAAGACAAUCAAAAAGAAUUCAUCCCAGCAGACAAUCGAUUUCGGCAGCGGAAGACAUCAUUACCCGCAGCAGAAAAUUCAUCACAUUCACAGAGAUGACUUCAAGAGUUUUGUUAUGAGGACAACUGGAAGAGACUCAAACGGGCCUACUAGGUUGCAGCAAAGCAGGCCUCCUCCGUUGGCCAAUGUGCGGCCACUUGUUCAGUUUCCGAUGCAACCACCACCUCCCCGGGCAGUGCCUUACAUUAACGGACUGGCUGUCCCUCCUUUGCAGCCAAUUAGUGGUCCUCAGGUUUUCGAUAAUUCAUGGAAUAAUUUUGUCGAGUCACCGAUCUCAGCUUUCAUGAGACAGUUUCAAGACUCGGAGAACUACUUCGGUGGUGGUGGCGGUGCUUCAAGAGGUAAUCAAUUCCAGUCAUACCCUCCUCCUCCGCAACAACAGAUGAGCAAUAAUGUUAAUCUUAAUGUUCAAUUCCAGCCACAGUAUUUUCCGACUCAAACUCAAAUGGUUAACAAUGUUGAACAUUAUAACCUAUCAUCAGCUAGUAACCAAACUAUUCCGAAUCCUAAUCCUUCCGUGUCUAUGAAUGUUGCUAGCAACCAAACUUUUCCUAUGAACAAUGACAAUCAAUUUCUGAAUAAUUUUCCUCAGUCACAAACAAACUACUCUGUGUCACCAACUUCUGAAUACGUGUUGGCUUCACCAACACAAAAUGUGAAUGUCCUAUCUCCUCAGUCACCUUAUAGGCCUCUCCUGUCACCAAGCAUUUUCUCUUCGCCUUCGUCGCCUGAUUACCCUUUCGAACCAUAUCUACAUAAUGAGAUUUUAAGUCCCGAACCUCCGUCUCCAUUUACUGCAGGCGCAUUCCCUAAGGGGCCAGAUGAUGAAUAG